CACCACCCUCCCUCAGCCUCUAAAAGGGGAUUACCUUGUGUAAUUUGCUAAAUUAGGUUCGUUCUAUAGCACUUAAACAUUUAACAUUCCAUCUUUUGAAUGAAGAAGGGGCAAACCUGAAGCGCCCACAUCUGCAUGGUAGUAUGCUUUCCAGCAUUUCAAACUUAUUUAUUCUAGAAAGAGCUAUUGAGCUAAAAUUGAAUGAUAAAACGGAGUCGAUAUUUAAGGCAGAAACUGUUGAAAAGCUGUAUGGCAUCUUGACUUCUGAUGCUGUUGACCUAGUUUUACGGAAGUCUGCAGCUGAGCAGCUAACUAUCAUUUUAGAAGAUACCAAAAUGCAUGGCAUUGUGAAAAACUUGGGCAUGGUAGAAAAGAUUUUGUCUUACCUUAAUGAGUGCAUACAUGUGGAUGGCAAGCUUAUGGAAUCCAUAGUGUUACCAUGUCUAACACUCUUACGCAAACUUGUGUAUGCUGAUCCAGUAGUUCGUCUGUCCCUAGCACAGCAAUCAUCUUUACUGCUUUUGCUAUUUAGAGUUUCCCUGAUAUUCCAAAAUGAUCGUGCUGUUUUAACUGAAACUACAAUAUUGCUUUGUCUUCUGUUAUUUGAUGAAGUAGCAAGAACAGAAACGUGGGCUGAUGACAUAACCAGUAAUGAUACUGGCCUAUCUACCUUCAGUUUACCUGUUGCUGUUGUUAGAAGGUAUCAUCUCCCAGUCAGGAUUAGUGCUCAUCAUGUAGUUAGUCCUAAUACUGUUGUUGUACCUUUCUCUUCUGAGUGCUUGGCUAUGAAACCUGUGUCAGAUAUGCUUAAGAUGGCUUGGAAUCUGUCGUGGUACCAUGGGAUUGAAAACCUACUGCAACUGAUAAAUUAUGAGAAGGAAGCAGAAAUAUUUUUAGACUCUCUAAAACUAUCCUCAGAAGACAUUCUUGUACUCAAAAUAACUCACACAAACUAUGGACUGCAGUAUUGUCUUAAUUCAGUCAUUCAGGCAGGAUCCCACAGGGAUGUUAGGGCUGCCCUCACUAGGCUUAGUUUUUAUAUUCUGAAUGACAGACUUGCAUUAAAAUCCAGUUCUGGCUCUUGUAGAAUGACUUUGAAGAAUUUUGUUUGGCAAAAAGCAAUAAACAGGUUUCUGCAAGUGCUUCCAGCUUCUGUGGAGGAUGAGAAGCUUUUAGUGGAUGUCUUAAGACUUUUAAACAAAUUGCUUAAAGAGCAGAGAUCAAGUUUGGACUCAGACCAUCUAAAGUGGAUCUUGAAAUCAUUGCUUAAAAGUAAACCUAAAUCCCUUUUGGGCCUCCUGGUGCGACCAGAAUCCCAAGUGCGGGAUGAAAUAGAUGAAAUACAGACUGCUGUCAGGCAGCAACUGGAUAAGGAACUCAUUCGUCUUUUUAACACAUUAUUAUUUUGUUCCAUGUCAGUGACUGACAGAGAGGGCUUGGAACUUGCUGGCUCUUUCAGAACUGAGCUGGCUCUGAAGCUGCUGCAAUGCUUAAGGCUAACAGAUGCACCACAUUUUUAUGGACUUCCUUCACUGGAGAGAACAUUACGAGGAAUGGUUCAUGUUACUGCACUUCCAGACUGGAGUACCUAUUCUGCUGCAGUUGAACCUGUCACAAUUUGUAAGAAAUACUUAACAGGUCUUCUUGAGGUCAUCUCAUCAUUUUAUGUUGAAUGGGGAGGAAAUGCAAUGUCCUUCAUGGGAAAAGGUGUUACGAAAAGCACAGUUCUUUGCUUGCUUCACUUAUCUCAUGAAAUGAUGGCUCAAGCCAAGGAUACAGACUGGAUAUCUCUUUGGUCUUUGCCUUAUGAUAACAGUGAAGAACAAGUUCUUUCUCAGCUAGGUUUGGCAUGGUUGGUUCCUUUAUGGGUAGAUAGAGACCCUGAGGUCAGAUUUACAGCACUUGGAAUAGGAUCAGCUCUUACAUCCCUUGAAAUAGGAUGUAUUGCUUUAGCAGAAAGUUGCCAGAACAUUUCAGGAGGGCUGUGGGGAACGGUAAUAAACAUCCUUCUGGACCAAUCUGAAUGUAGCAUGGUACGCAGAGAGGCUGCUUUUAUUCUACAAAAUCUCCUUGUGAUUCCAAUUCCUACAGAAGAUGUGAAAGAUUGUGUUUGGCAAGGUCCCUGUGUACAUGAUGAAGAAUCUGGCCUCUCUCAAACAGGAAAACCUGCACUUAAGGCCCUUUUAUAUCACUGCCAAUUCUAUGAACAUGUGAAUCAGAUGGUGAAACACUGUUACUUAGGAUGUUACAUGUUUGAUUUGAAUUCUUCCAAAGACAACCUCAUCAUAGAAAAAGGUGGUAUAACUGAUUUUGAUGAUUCUCUUAAUUUUUGGAAUGCUCCAUCCAGUCAAAGCCAAUCUUCACAUUCUCAGUCAACAUCUGAAACUAUGGUUCUGUCUGCAUCGCCAUCACUGGGGAGUGUUACCGAGCUUCGGGCAACAGUCCCAACAAAUUCAACCAGUUUUAUUCCUGAAACUGUAGUUGAUCGGCUUACAGCACAAGGUCAAAGUGAUACAACCACAACAGAAUCUCCAAGUCAGCAUGAUUCUCCCAUGUCUGCUGCACUGUCUAAACAGCGUGCAGUAGUCACACCUGCCCUUUUGUCAGCUGUUUGCAGCCUUCUGCACAACCUGCUGGUUGUCAUACCAAAAGAUACUGGAAUUGCUCUUCAACAAGCACAUUUGCUAACAGCUCUCAGCAGUCUUGUAAGUGCUGAUCUGCUUGAGAGAUGUAUCUUGGAACUGAAAGCUCCAUUUGGUCAUCCAUGUCAUAUAGAACACGUAAAAGCUCAGGUGUUAUUACUACUUCAAUACCUGUCAUCUAUGUCCCAGCUUCUGAAAACAUGUUUAUUGGUGGACUCUCAGCUUGUAAUCCAGGAUGAUCUGUUGAAACCUCUCUUGGGAAAUAGCUUCACGAUUCUCGCCAUUCGUUCCAAAGAUGGGUUAGAUACUGAGAUAACAUCUGUACUUCAUGAAACCUGGGUAGACUUUUUCAACCUUCUAGCUACAUUAUUGUGGAAGAGUGGCCAAAUAUCUUUUCCAUCUGUGACAGAAGCCCUUGCAAAUCAUUGUACAGCAAUAAUUGAUAACAUUUGUGACUGUAUUCACCUCUCAACCAAAUUUCCUGCUUUAUAUAUGGCUAGUUUACAGUUCCUCUCUGUCCUUUUGAAUGAGGAAGGAAGAAGACAGCUCCAAGACAAACAGAAUAUAUGUCAGAAUCCAACUAUUAGCUUUCUUCUGGAUCAUGUUGAAGGAUGCCAGGCAUCAGUAACUCAACUUACUGCAUCAAUUAUUCAGGUCUGUGAGAGAAAAUCUUCAAAGGAUGUCCUGAAAGAAGUUGCUACAAAUGCACUGCUGUCUCUGUUAGCUGUCAGUAAAAAUGCCCAGAAAUGUGCAUUGGAAGUUGACCUGAUAGACAGCCAUAUAGAAAACAUGAAACAUAUUCAUGCACAGCUGAAUUUGGAUUCCCUAAAGCCUGCGAAAGCACAAAAAAAAAAGGAGGAUAACCAUAUCAAGCAGUUAAGGUGUUCUAUGCAGCUCCUCAGAAACUGCCUCUUUCAAAAUGAAGAGUGCAAAAUGGCAGCUCUCAAAGCUCAUCUUGUUCCUGUUCUGCAUUCACUGUGGCCAUGGUUGUUAAUAGAUGACUCCUCAAUGCAAAUAGCUCUGCAUUUGCUUUGUGUCUACACUGCAAAUUAUCCUGCAGGUUGUGCUUCACUCUGUUGGACCAGUGGACAACCAUCACUUCCAACUGCACGAAGUGCAGCUGGCAGUUCAUUAAUGCAUAACAUAUUGAAAUUGGCUUCCCAAGUGUCAAACGAUAACAGCCCAGUUCAGCAGGUGGUCUUUUGUCUUCUUUCAAACCUUGCUCUGUCUCAUGACUGUAAAGGCAUUAUUCAGAAGAGUAACUUCCUGCAGAACUUUUUGUGUCUUUCAUUACCAAAAGGAAGUCAUAAAAAUCCUGGUAAUGUGUCCACUCUUUGGCUAAAGCUGCUACUGAACAUAUCUUUUGGAGAAGAUGGACAGCAGAUGAUCAUGAAGAUAAAUGGGUUUUUAGACCAGAUUGUGGAAAUGUGUAAAUACAAACACAAGAGCAGCCAACAUCUAGCACUUCUUAUUCUACAUAACAUAUGUUUUAGUACAACUAAUAAACCAAAGAUAUUAGCUAAUGAUAAAGCGAUUGCAGUACUGUCUGCCUGUUUGGAAAGUGACAGUCAUGCUGUUCAGAGAAUAGGAGCAGCUUCACUUUGGGCUUUGCUUCACAACUAUCAGAAGGCAAAAGUGACUUUGAAGAAUCCAUCAAUUAGAAGAAGAAUAGAUGAGGCUUAUUCUUUAGUGAAGAAAACUGCUCCACAGCCAGAAGAAAAUGAACUGCAUGCCUACUAUUUAAAAUGCUUAGAGAACAUAGUGCAGCUUCUUGAUUGUUAAUGUUGAAAUUGUUUAUUCUUGAUUGUUGCCUUGUUGAAAUUGAACAGCUUAUUCAAGGGGAGCCUGAAAUUUAAAGAAAACUUCUCUAAUUUACAUAUCUCUGGCUGCAGCAUAUAUACUAUGGAGAAAAUUUAUGAAGCCUCUGAGGAAGGAGUUCAUCAUUUUGAACCAAAAAAAUUGCACUAAAUGUGGUUCAAACUAUUUGUACUGUAAUCCCAAUGGGAAAUUAUGAUACUGCUAUGUAAGUAUGUACACAGAAGAAGGAAUGUACAGAGGAAAAGGAUGUGAAAAAUCAGUAAUUUUCUUAAAUUAUGCAUUGAAAUUGUUACUGUAAAGUAUUAGAAUUACUGUUUUGGAUUGGUCUUAAUAAAGUUUUUUUAAUUGAGAUCAUCAUUUGUUGGUGGUGGAUUGUAAUUUAUGAUGUUA